AUGGACAAGAGUGCUGCCGGUACUCUUGCCUACGAUCCUUCCUAUGACGCGUGCGAGCAGGAUGAUCCUUUGGGAAUGAUCUCUGGUGCCAUAACCGACGCUCAGAUAUCGGCUUCCUCUUACAUCGAUGAUGGUGGCUGGGCGAUCAACAACUGCGCUCCCACAAACGCUCGUCCAUUUCUCGCCAAUGGACUGGCUUGGUGCCCCAAAUACAAGUCCUCCACAGAAUGGCUGCAAAUAGAUCUUGGCGUCAGAGCGACGGUGCGUUCUGCUCGCAAGCGCUCCUCUCCCUUUCAUUCCGUUGAUAUGGCUACAUAA